AAUUUGUCCGUCUCUCCACAAAAAUGUUCUAGCCUAGUAGCACGCUAGUUUGGUUUGAGUGGAAAUACUGUGCAGUUAGUCAGUGAAACUUUCGUCAACUGAGGCUGUUUAUGACAAAGAACGAAAAUAUGAGUUCCGAAGCAGCUGUACCACCGCCUGCCGUUUGGGCCCAGAGGAGCGAUGUCGUUUUCCUCACAUUAAAUGUCGAAUGUACUGAUCCGGAGUUCAAAUUCACUGACACUACUAUGUCAUUUUCGGGAGUUGGCAAACCGGAAGGACGGAAAUAUGCUUUAAAUUUUGAAUUCUACGAUAAAAUAAAUCCAGAAAAAGUUAGUGCGAAAAACAUAAAGCGCUGCAUCGAGUUUGUAAUUGCCAAAGCGGAGCCCGACGAAACGUACUGGCCUCGAUUGCUGAAGGAAAAGACCAAGGCGCAUUGGUUGAAGGUGGAUUUUAACAGAUGGGAAGACGAGGGUUCUAAGGAUGAGGAAGAGGAUGGAUCCAUGGACCUAGCAGAAAUGCUGAAGGGUAACCAGAACAGCAAUAAACUAUCCUUAGACGAUUUGGGUGAUGAGCCGGAAGAGGAUUCAGAUGACGAAUACUUUCCAGGCUUGGUUGAGUAAAGCGCCUACCCGUCGUGGCGGCAGCAGUCUGUUGUGCGUUCUCGAUGGGUUUCACGCGACAGUACGCGUGCCGAUUAGCGUUUUAAGCGUUUGUUUAAGCUCGCCAUCUCUUAAGCAGCAUCAUCAGUUAGUGCGUGUCCGUGGGUAGGAUCAUAUUCUGCCCCGGACAAAGACAGUAAUGGACGAAGAUAAGGAUCAAAAUGGCGCUUUUCCCCGCUGGGUGUGGUCAAAUAAAUCGAGGAAAAUAGCAGGAAAGCAAAAUUAAGGAAGAACACACGGUAACAGAAAGAAAGAAAGGAGAGUGUCCAUACAAUAAUACUAGAUUAUCCUUAAAACAACAAAACUCAUAUUAAAGUCACAAUACACAACCAAAUGGAGUUUUGGAAUGAAA